CCUCUGCAACAUCAGCCGCAACAAUGUUGGCGACGUCAGCCACAGAACAAUGGGCGACGUCAGCCACAGAACGAAUGGCGACGUCAGCCACAGAACAAUCGGCGACGUCAGCCAGUGGACGAACGGCGACGUCAACCGCAGGACGAUCGGCGACGUCAGCCACAAAACAAUCGGCGACGUCAACCGCAGGACGAUCGGCGACGUCAGCCACAAAACAAUCGGCAACGUCAGCCAGUGGAGGAACGACGUCGGCAGGAAGAAGAGCGUCAACGGCAAGAGGAAGAGGACCGCCAACGUCGUCAAGAAGAGAAUAAAGAAAAACAAAAGAAAAAGAAACAAUUUUUCCAAUUGCGGCGUAAGCUGAAGAUGGUACAAAAAGAAAAUGCCCAAUUAUCAAAGAAAAAUGUUUGAAACGACCAUAAUAAUAUACAGAACGUGCUAACUAAUGUGAACUAA